CAUUGUGAACACGGCCGCUCACAGAAAGUAAAGUUAGCGAGGCAGUGGCGGCGCAGUGUUGCUUCGAGCGGCGCGCAGACCGGUCCGCCAUGCCGCGCUGACAGCCCGCGCACCUCCCGUCAAACUGACAACUAUCUGACAAGUGUAACAAUGUGGCCAGUGAUCACCCUCCUCGUCGCCGGCGCCCUCGCCGCGCACGCACAGAAUGCAGAAAGUACGGGCGAUUUCUCGCCUGUGGUCACGGCGACAUGCAAGACCGGCAUCAUGGCGAUCAAUAUAUCCUUCAACCAACCAUUCAACGGUGUUACACAUGCCAGGGAAUUCAGAACACCAGCGUGCAUGGCUCUGGGUAACGGCAGCGAGUCCCUCAGCUUUGACAUCAACCUAAUGGCAGCACAGGGCGCCCCGGACUACUGCGGAGUAUUCUGGAAUAAUCGAACCGACGAACGAUCCCUGCCGCUAGCAGUUCGUGUGCACCGCACUUUAGAGUUGGCAGACGACAAGUUUUACGUCAUCACUUGCGGGAAGGCUGGCUUCAGAAAUGCACGAAACGAAACUUCGCUUGUGUCCCUGCGAAUGUUGGACUCACAAGGCCGAAAAGUAUUGAAUGCAGCGUUCGGUCUGCCUUACACGCUCAGAGCCGAAAUCAGCAAGCCUGAUGGAAGCCACGGUAUCAGAUUGAAGAACUGUUUUGCAUUCAACAUGCGAAAUUAUACCGUCGAUCUAUUGGACAAUAGAGGAUGUUCAGUGAAACAACAGUCGGUGGUUGUGAAGUCGGAGACGGGCGCGGCGGAGCUCAUGAUAGCUUCAAUGUUCCGGUUUCCGGACUCCUCACAAGUCAACUUCCAGUGCGACGUAGCUGUUUGUAAAGGCACAUGUUCAAUGAUAGACUGCAACACAGAAGCUCGCUUCGAGAAAACUGAUGAAGAGAGCACCGUCACUGCUUCCACUGGCAUCUUUGUCUUGGACCCGAACGACAAUACAGUCCUAGCUAUGUCUUGCUCUGACGGCAGCGUGCGUCCGUUGUGGCUCCUGUACCUUGCCAUCGCGCUGGGAGUCAUGUUCGUAGUCAUGCUGCUCAUCAACUGCUUCCUAUGUACUGCCAUGACGUGCUCAUGCGCCAGAACUGACGUGAUUGAGAAAGACCCGUCUGUGGUGGAAGACUACGAUCCAUACCGCAGUUGGCACGGCAGCCAGUAUGGCAGUCGAUACCCGUCCUCGACCAUUCACUCAGCAAGGUCAGUUUCGGACAACAGUGACCACUACGCUAUAGUGCAAUCAAGGCCGGGCAGUCGACAUUCCGGCAUGCACCGAAAUAGACAUUAAUCAGGAGUUAGUGACCAAUGUUCUGUGAUGCGAGCGAAGACAAUAACAAUUCGUACAAACUUUGGGACUAUACGUGGACUACCAAAAGUAGCGUUUGUAUGUUACGAUCAGUGGAUAAGUUAACUACAAAUCCUUAACAUUUUUCAAUCAAAUUAUACAUAUAUUUACACAAUUACAAUAUUUGAAUACGAUUUGGUGCUUUAAAUCACAAAUAGUUAACAAUACGCUAGGAGAUGUUACCUUAAUGGAAGAAAUGCGUCCAACUCAUCAGAUGAAUUUUACUUGUGCCAUUAUAUGCAUGUACCUUGUGGUUUGUAAGAUGUAGGCAAUACUUUACUUUAUAUAUUGAUAAUAUCCUUUAUAUCAAUAGAAUACCUGAAUCGAUACAACGAAUACGUCCAAAUUCAUGUGUCAAUUAUUUAAAUACAUUAGCCGUAGAGUGAUAGACAUAAUCUUAGGUCCUCACGUUUUGUGAAACUUUAAUCUUAGAAUAAGGUUGUGUUUGUACAUUUAUAUAGAAAGUAUUGUUAAGCAUUUACUUGUGUGAUGCACUUUACUGACUGCAGGCAUUGUUAUCACAUGUAGAGUAUUACGAAAGUUAAGAAUUUUUUUUUGGAAAAUUGUUCUAAAAACUAAACAAAUAUUCCUAAUUUUAAGGGGUUCCGCACCAUAAGGGGAGAAUUGAAACUCUAAUACUGAGGGUUCGCUGUUGAAUGUUUUACAGAAAUAGUAUUUCUAUUGCCGCUAAAACAACUAAAACGAAAAAUCGAGUUAAAACAUCGUCGGUUAAAGUCAUCAAAAAAUUUAUUCCAUGUCCAAAUAAUUUGUUUUUCUCUAGCCUAUACCUAUGUACGGAACCUAGAGUGUCAAGGUUUAAGAAAUGCAGAUAAAUAUAAAUCUACAUAUUUUUGCUACAAACAUUCAUAGUAUUAAAGUGGGUUUAGCCACCAGAGUUGAGACACAACAUAACUAAACAAUUAUAUAGUAUAAUAUUCAAAGAAAUACGACUUCAAUUAAAAAGUCGGAUAUAGUUCUACUGAAACCCUAGUUGUAGAUAAUUUAAAUAAAUACCACAUCAUCACUGUGAAAUAAUAUUUAGAAUAAUAUGUAUAAUACCUUUAACAUGAUAAUUAUUUUUAAGAGUGAUUUGUUAAUUUUUAAUGCGCGAUCGGGAUCUUUUUGCUUAUUAAAAUGAGUUCUCAAAAUGGAUAUUUUAUGAAAUGUAACAAAGAAAUUUAUGAAAGGAGGUAUGAGUCAGUGUGAAUAUACUUUAAGCUCCAAACUUACGUAAGUAUUAUGUAUUUAGAUGUGAAACCAAUAAAUUCUUAACACUAAG